UUAGUUUUCAUUCAUUGUAUCCUUUCACACAAAAAAAUAAGAUUCCUUCAAAUUUUUCUUCCAACACUUUUACUUUACUUCUGAUGGAAGGUUGUCCUUUCCAACUUCAUAGUAUAAAGGGCUCCACUUUCUUGUCUUGUCUUUAUAAUUACCAAAGUUUCUCAUAAAAAAUCAUAAUUUACAGUCCGAUAUGGGUCUAGAUUUGGGUCUUUAGGCACUAUACAUACUUGCCCGUUGAAUGUCCGAUAUGGGUCUAGAGUCUAGACUUAGCUCUUCAGGCCGCGUACACAGAAUAGUCUUCACUUUGCUUAUAUGUAGUGCUGUCUUUUUGUUUCUCUUAUAGCUUCUCUCCUCAUCUCGCUGUGUUUCUUCUCUCUAACUGUAGCAGACAACCCCCUCUGCAACAUUUCCGAGAACAAUAUUCCUUCUCUGAUCCUUGAAUAUUCCUUUAAAUCACAUAUGCUUCCUUAAACCCUCAAAAAGCUGCCUUUCUUUCUGUCCUUCGAAUCCUAUAUAAUUCUAUAUAGCACUGUUUAACAAUUUUGGAGCUUUUUCUUUGUUUUUCCAAGUUGUACUAAUCUGUAAACUGCCCUGAAAAAGAGAGCCAAAUUAUGUGCUCGGAGACGAGUCCUCGGAUCUCUUUCUCUCAAGAUCUAGGCCAGGAAGAUGAUGCAUCAAUCGAACAAGUCGAGUCUCGAAGGGACUUAUCCCUAUUGGACUCGAAUCCUGAUUUUGAGUUCAGCAUUUGCAGCAACUUUGAUCAAGAUUCUUCAUUGGCAGAUGACCUUUUCUUGGAUGGUAUGAUCCUCCCUGUUCAAGUUCAAGACAGAGUUUCUGCUUCUAAACAAACCCAACAACACAAACGCACUACUCCUCUUCUUUCAUUACCUCCUCUUCCCAGUUCUUCCAGUACUGCAAAUUCAAGGAAAGAGAGCAUAAAAGAAGCCAUUCCAGUGAAUUCUGAUUUGGAGGACAAGUCUCAGCCCAGUAAGUCUUUCUGGGGUUUCAAGAGAAGCAGCAGUCUAAAUUAUGAUAUUAAGAGGAGCUUAAUCCGUUCAUUACCACUUCUAUCGCGAAGCAACUCCACCGGUUCAGUGCCUAAUCCAAAACGAACAACAUUAAAGGACAUUCAAAGGCAGAAUCAGCAAAAGCAACAAUUGACAGCAAAGUCACCAUCACCAUCAUCAUCUUCUUCUUCUGCUACUCAUGUAUACCCCCUAUCUCAAAAGCCACCUCUUAAGAAAAAUCAUGGUAAUAAGAUACGUAUUAGUCCUUUGUUGAAUGUACCUCCUCCUUCUAUUCCUAAAGGAACUGCAAGUUUUCUUGGUUUGGGGUUUCUGUAUAAAGAUAAGAAGAACAAGAAGUGAUUGAUGCUUUCCUGCUUUCA